AGACGAUCAACUGGGGUCCACUCUUUAUUUUCUUUCCGCAUUUCUUUUCUUUCUAAAGUGUGUCUAUUUUUUAUUUUUUUAUUUCCUUUACCGGUAUUUCUUUUCGUGGCUUCUCUUCACGUGGCGUUACUUCUUUCGCGCCUGGCUCAACUUUGCUUCGUCUGCAGACGUCGUCGCACCUCGACCGGGCUAUCUGCCUCGCACCGCACUCAAGCAGGCCUGUACUUUGCCGACCCGCACCGCCUUACACCGCGACAAAAGGUCCGAACUAGAGAGCGAAAACACUUUUUGUGGUCCGAGUCUCGUCAAGAAGACAGGAGAGCUACCAGGCAGCAAGAGCAGUAAUGUCGAGCAGAUCGGACCGCGAGAACCUGCGGGCGUGCCUGUCGUGCGCCUUUGUCCAGCGCGCUCGCGAGUUCUUCCAGCGCGGAUGUCCCAAUUGCGAAGUCAUCCUUCAGAUGAGCAACGACAUGGAGCGCGUCAUUGAGUGCACGACGAGUCAAUUCGACGGCCUCAUUGGUCUCGUUCAGCCCAAGGCAAGCUGGGUGGCCAAGUGGCAGCGGAUCGAGAAUCGCAUGCCGGGACUGUACUGCGUCAAGAGUAGCGGGAAUCUUCCUGGCUAUCUUCGAGAGCGCAUGGAGGCCGGUGUGCCCUAGGUCUACAUCGAUAAGACAGGGCCAUGUCGAAGCACGUAUACGCAUACACCAUCAUCUGUAUUUUUACGCACAGGACAAAAAAAAAGAGAGGAAGCCUCGAACAGGCAGGACUUCCUCGCUUCGAUCCUCU